GAGAAAACGACACCAUGGCAUCAAUAAACAUGCAAAGAAUAACGUCGCGGCUCGCCGCGACCGCAGUUUCAAGGCCCUUGCAGGGAUGCCAAAUCAGAGCAGCGCUUGGAUGGGCGUCUCUGCGGCAUCUCAGCACCAGCGUGCGCCUACCGGCCAUUGCCACCGGAUCACGGCCUCAAGCAAGAAAAACACAGCGCUUCGUGCCAGGCGUCUCCGGUCCUGGUAACAGCGUUCGAACAAUCUUCAUCCAAACUGAAAACACCCCCAACCCGGAUGCUCUCAAGUUUUUGCCAAACCACCGCAUCGUCCCCGAGGGCAUGAGCGUUCCGUUUAUAGAGUACCUAAACCCACGAUCUACGAUUUCUCCGCCGCACCCUUCCCCUCUGGCUGCGAAGCUUAUGAACAUCGACGGCAUUACUUCUGUCUUCUACGGAGCCGACUUUAUCACCGUAACCAAGGCCGGAGACGCUAACUGGGCUCAUGUUCGACCCGAGAUUUUUGCCUUGAUAACCGAGGCUAUCACUUCCGGCGAGACAAUAGUCAAUGUCGUGGAGCGCAAGGGAGAUGAGAAUGGCGAGGCAGCUGUGGAAGAAGACAGCCUGGCUUACAACGAAAACGACAGUGAAGUGGUGGGCAUGAUUAAAGAGCUGCUGGAGACUAGGAUACGACCGGCUAUUCAAGAGGACGGUGGCGAUAUCGAAUUCCGUGGCUUCGAAGAUGGCCAAGUGCUGCUGAAGUUGCGCGGAGCCUGCCGUACAUGCGAUUCAAGUACGGUAACACUUAAGAAUGGUAUCGAGGGCAUGCUGAUGCAUUACAUUGAGGAAGUGCAAGGAGUGACGCAAAUCCUAGACGAGGAGGAAGAGGUUUCUCUACAGGAGUUUGCCAAAUUCGAAGAGAAGUUGAAGCAGCAGGGGCAGAAGUCAGCCGAGGCGGCAUGAAGACUGAUUUGUUGCGCUGGAUGGUCUGUACGUUAGGAAAGCAUGGCAUGUAGUAUAAGAAUAAUUUAAAAAAAAAAACUGGAUACCCAUCAC